ACAGCUGAGGGUGGAUGUGUUCUUAGCAACAAGCCAGAGGAGUGUAGGAGGGAGAUAUAGGAGAGAUAGGAGUGGAGCAGUGACACAAACGCGUGUUAAGAGGAAGAAUUGCCUCUAGAUUUGAAUGAAUUGCAGUGUGUCUGUGUUCAUUUAACGGUGAAGAUGACGGCGAGGAGCUUGUCAAGACCACAAAGACUUAUUUAACUGUGAAUAAUAGAGAACGACAGCUACUGUUAUCAUUUUGAGUUAACUUGUUGGAUUAUCGUGAAAGCUGCACGGAGGUCUGGAGGAUGUGGGCUUUUGGCUUGAUGGAAGAUGCUGUCAUAAUCACUGUGACAUUUAUUUUAUCCUUGAACUUGAUCAGCCCGUGUCUUAUGGGCUUCGUACAUGGAAAUCGACAUAUGGAUUCUUGUGUUUAAUUACGCUGUUUUGGUAAAGUUACACUUUUUGCCUAUAUACACACCUGUGGUUUUACUGAUCUGUGUAUCUUCGAUGAUGCUUUCUUUCGACCCUGUGUAAUGUGAUUCAGCUCCACAGCUCAGGAGUUUUUGGAGGCUCUCUUCAGAGCAGAGAGAGCUAGCCUCUCCCUCCCCAGUCCCUUCAACCACAACAAUCAGAGAUGUUCUCACGGAAUCGCUGCAAUGGACAGGACAGCACAGGAGUCCCUCAAUAUCCCAGACCCAAAAAGAAAACUGGGGUGCCAAAAAGGAGGCAGCCUAAUCCCAGAGUUGCUGUGGUGUUACGUGGGAAAAUUCACCGUUUCCUCCAGGGUUCUGCAGAUCAUAGUGUCCAACAUUCUGAGCUUUACAAUGCUGGAAUUGAAGAAGAGGGUGAAAAUGGGGAAGAAGAUGUUGAGAAGUUGCAGAAUUGCUACAGGAGAGAAUUAGAUUCAGCAGAGGUUUGCUGUUCACCUCAGGUUCCAAAUGGGCAUGUUCGUGGAGCAGUUUCUGAAGCACCUUGCAUUGGGGAGGUGGAGCUAAAUCAAGAGGGAGGAAUUAAGAUUCCUUGUACUUUGCAGCACAACAGUAGUCAGAACCAAAUCUCACCAGGGGGGGGACUUGGUGGGGAGUCUAAGAGACAGACAGACUCUUUGCUAUACAGGUUUAAUAUGACAAUUCAGGAUAAAAUUUUGGAGGGGAAUAAUGAGGACUAUCAAGAGGAAGAAUCAAGUGCUAUCAUUGAACACAUCAUAAAGGAAUUGCGAGGGAUCAACAAAAUUCAAGAGGAGAUUUCAGACUUAAGAGAGUACUUGUCAUCUGUACGUGGUUCUGUUGAAGAGGUGUCCAGCUGUGUGGAUGCUGUCCUAAUGGAGAUUGAAGGCAUGAGAUCUGGAACAAAAUCUGGUGUGGAGACCUGGCCUGGGGCAACUGGUGGAACUGAUGGUACCUCCCAUCAUCACAAAUCAAACAAUACCUUUACCCAAAGCUGUUCUAAGCCUUACAUGGUUGAAUCCUCAAGUAGCUGUGCUAAUAUACUCUCUGAAUAUAAAGUUCUUGAUAGAAAAUGCAAGAAAUUGCCAAGCCAGGGGCUUGCAUUUGGGGGUGUAUGUCAGUCAGUAAGUUCCCAGUCCACAUUUGCUGAUGCUGAAACUGAAUGCAGUGAACAAAUUCUAUUUGCACAUGAAGCAUCUGAUCAGAGGUCAGAAGCACAUCAAGGUACAGGGAGAAGGAAACUAAGCUUUGGUUACCUUGAGCGCCAGGAUGGACAAGACUGUCCAAGCACUAGCUCACCCUCUUCAGGUCAAAGUUCCAAGUCCGAGUCUGAUCCAGAAAAGGUGACCCUUGGGCAGGGCAGCACUGGGAUUAAAAAUCAGAGCUGGAACCCAGUGGCUUUAAAACACUUUGGAAGUGGAGAGAUUGGAUGGAGUGAAGAAGAUACUUGCUCCAGACAAGGAAGUUUUGAAGAGGCGGAGUGCUGCACAGGUGAAGUGGGUAACUGGGACGAAUUGAGAGCUGCGAGUACCGUCAACAUCUCAGAUCAGCUAUCCGUCCUAUCUGGAAAGCACUGCAACUCCCCUUUUAGUACUUGCAGUAGAGAGAAUUGGAAGACAUUGAAGCACUACGAUGAUGAUAUGCUCCCAGGAGAGCCUGGAUUGGAUUACCAUAAUCGCACCAAGGUCUGUCCUCAGAGCUCUGUUUAUUAUACUGCUGCCAUGUAUGAAAACGAAAAGGUCAAUGCGCAAUCCUUGAGUCUAAAUAACAACUCAACUGGAUUUAAAGCAGAUGUCUGUGAAUCUUCCUUGUCUGAUAAAUGCCCAGUUAAUAUUGGUUUUAAAAGUGAGUCAAUAAAAUGUGGGGUUGUUGAGCAUUCCUGUAAAACAUCAAUAACUGACAGGAACCUUCUAUAUGAAGGCACUUUACUCUGUAAUGUCCCUGAUUGCGAGUCUGACUCUAUUCAUGCCAGUAAUGUAGCCUUUAACGUAAAAAAGUUUGGCAGAGCAGUUCUUGACUUUAAAAGUGCUAUGCGGGGAGCAAUAAAGAAGCUAGAUGGAACUAAUUGUGCUUUGCCUGGAGAGGUCAAUCCCCCCAUAUCCACAUGUGGGGAGCAAAAAGCAGUAAAUGUCCCUAAUAUCAGAAUGCCAAAUGGAGAGGCAUCUCAAAAACAGGCAUCCUGUGUGAAGACUUCACAAACUCUAUAUUCAGAGCAACAUCAAUCCACAAAUACAGACCAUGGCUUUGUAGAUAUACCUGAUUACAUAUCUACCCAAGAAAAGCCAGAAUCUGAGAAUGUAGGACAGAGCGAUAACUCUCCUCACCAGCGUAAUGUUGAGGAUUCAGAGCAUCCAAAAUCAUCAGAGAUGGACCGACCCACGAGUAAUACAUCUGAUACAUCUGAACAUCUCACAAGUGCUGACUGCACAGAUAUUGUCCCACAUUCUCUUUCACAUGAUGAACUAGGAGGUGAAGAGGAACAGAGAACCCUAGCAGAAGAAACAGAGACUCCUACUGAGUCGUCUUCUGAAGUUGGUAGUAGUGAAGCAGAGCUUAGUCAGAGAGAUGCACGUCGUCUGAAGUGCCUCAGGAGUUUCCAGCAGAUCCUGAGGGAGAAAAGAGAGUCCAGAAGACACCUCAGUAUGGUGACCAUGUCAACAUUUUCUGAGGAUGAUUUUAAUCCAGAUGGCAGCCAGGAUGAAGAUCAGAACCUUAAUGGAGACCACAACAAACAUCCAUGGGCCAAACCUGGUGGAGGAGGAUUAUUUGGCAUUGACAGCAUGCCUGAUCUUAGAAAGAAGAAACCUAUACCAUUAGUUAGCGAAGUGUCUCUGGUGCAGUCCAGGAAAGCAGGGAUCUCACAUGCAUUAGCUGUUCGCUCUUCACUGAAAGAUGAAGAACUGAAGAGUCAUGUGUACAAGAAGGCCCUGCAGGCUCUGAUUUACCCUAUUUCUUGCACAACACCCCAUAACUUUGAAGUGUGGACGGCCACCACGCCCACCUACUGCUACGAGUGUGAGGGCUUGUUGUGGGGUAUUGCACGGCAGGGCAUGCGCUGCUCAGAGUGUGGGGUCAAAUGCCACGAAAAAUGCCAGGAGCUCUUUAAUGCUGACUGUUUACAAAGAGCUGCAGAAAAAAGCUCCAAAACUGGAGCCGAGGACAGAACCCAGCAUAUAAUCUCUGCUAUGAAGGACCGCAUGAAAAUCCGUGAGAGAAACAAACCUGAGAUCUUCGAGUUCAUAAGGCUCGUGUUCAAUAUGACCAAACUGAGUCAUGCUCAACAGAUGAAGUGCAUUAAGCAGGCUGUACUCGAUGGAACGUCUAAAUGGUCUGCUAAGAUCUUCAUUACAGUGGUGAGCGCACAGGGCCUGCAGGCUAAAGACAGAACUGGUUCCAGUGAUCCAUAUGUGACGGUUCAGGUUGGAAAGACUAAAAAGAGAACCAAAACCAUCUACGGUAACCUUAACCCUGUGUGGGAGGAGACAUUCAACUUCGAGUGUCACAAUUCAUCUGAUCGUAUUAAACUGCGUGUAUGGGAUGAAGACGAUGAUAUAAAGUCAAGGGUGAAGCAACGUCUAAAAAGGGAAUCCGAUGACUUUUUGGGUCAGAGCAUCAUCGAGGUCCGAACUCUGAGCGGAGAAAUGGAUGUCUGGUACAAUCUCGAAAAGCGCACAGACAAGUCGGCAGUAUCAGGGGCUAUUAGACUGCAGAUUAGUGUGGAAAUUAAAGGAGAAGAGAAAGUGGUCCCGUAUCACGUUCAGUACACCUUUUUGCAUGAGAAUAUCUUCCACUAUGUGACUGACAUUGAAAGUCAGGGUGCAGUUAAGCUCCCUGUGGCACGUGGAGAUGAUGCCUGGAAGGUCUACUUUGAUGAGGUUGCUCAAGAUAUUGUAGAUGAGUUUGCCAUGCGCUAUGGAAUCGAAUCCAUUUAUCAGGCUAUGACGCAUUUUGCAUGUCUAUCCUCGAAAUACAUGAUGCCCGACGUCCCUGCGGUGAUGAGCACACUCCUGGCCAACAUUAAUGCUUUUUAUGCUCACCCCACUACAGCCACCAGCGUCUCUGCAUGUGACCGCUUCACUGCCUCCAACUUUGGGAAAGAUCGCUUUGUUAGACUGCUGGAUCAGAUCCACAACUCUCUCCGCAUUGACCUGUCAACAUACAGAAAUAAUUUCCCAGCUAGCAGUAAACCGCGUCUGGCAGAUCUCAAAUCCACGGUGGAUUUAUUGACUAGCAUUACAUUCUUCAGAUUGAAGGUGUUGGAACUGCAGUGUCCCCCGCGUGCGGCUCACGUGGUCAGGGAUUGCGUAAAAGCGUGCCUUAAUUCAACGUAUGAGUACAUCUUUAACAACUGCCAAGAACUGUACAACAGACAGUUUCAACCAGCCGUGGAACCUCAGAAACCUAAAGAAAAAAAGGAGGAAGAGGAUGAUGAAGAUGAUGAAGAUAAAGCAGAAGAAAAAGAGGAAGACAAUGCCACUGCAGAGGAACCAGGACCAAGCGUCCAGAACUUGGACUUCUGGCCCAAACUCAUCACCUUAAUAGUGUCCAUCAUCGAAGAGGAUAGGAACUCUUACAGUCCUAUAAUAAAUCAGUUUCCUCAGGAACUGAACGUGGGGAAGGUCAGUGCUGAGGUGAUGUGGACACUCUUUUCUCAGGAUAUGAAGUAUGCACUGGAAGAGCACGAGAAGCUCAGGCUGUGCAAAAGUGCCGACUACAUGAAUCUGCAUUUCAAAGUGAAAUGGCUCUAUAACGAAUACGUCCACGACCUGGCCGCCUUCUCCAACACCGUCCCAGAGUACCCAUCGUGGUUUGUGCCAUUUGUUCUGCAAUGGCUGGAUGAGAAUGAGGAAGUGUCAAUGGAGUUUAUGCAUGGAGCUCUUGAGAGGGAUAAAAGAGAGGGGUUCCAGCAGACAUCUGAGCACGCUCUGUUCUCCUGUUCGGUCGUGGACAUCUUCACUCAGCUUAACCAGAGCUUUGAGAUCAUAAAGAAACUAGACUGCCCUGAUCCUGCGGUCGUCGGCCAAUACAACCGACGCUUUGCCAAGACCAUCACCAAAGUGCUCCUGCAGUAUUGUGCUAUUCUCACCAAAAGCUUCCCAUCUUACUGUGAGAAAGAGAAGACUCCGUGUAUGUUGAUGAACAACGUUCAGCAGAUCCGUGUGAUGUUGGAGAAGAUGUUCGAGUCUAUGGGAGCCAAACAGUCUGGUUGCUCAGAUUCAGAAGGAUCAGAGAUUGACAACAAAGAGAAGGAGAAUAAGUCUGUGACCAAGAAGAAGCAGGAGGAAAAGAAAGACAAAGAGAAAGAGAAUGAGAACACAACUACAAAGGUGUCUGAUGGAGCCGAGAAUGAUGCAACAGUCAACACAAAAAAGCUUGACUCGGAGGCUGCAGAUAUCCUCAAUGACUUGCAAGGGAAGCUUAAUUCUGUUCUGGAUAACCUGAGCGCUGUGUUUGCCAAGAGUUUCCAUGGCCGUAUAAACGUGUGCAUGCGACAGAUGGCGGAGAUCCUGUAUCAGAAUAAAGGUCCUCUGAAUCAAAACAGUCGUAACACCGUAGAAGCUGAUGCAGACAACGCGCUGCGACCGCUUAUGGAGUUCCUUGAUGCAAACCUCAGCAUCUUUGCAGACAUAUGUGAGAAGACGGUGUUGAAGCGCGUGUUGAAAGACCUGUGGAGAAACGUUUUAAUCUGCAUGGAGAAAAUGAUUGUGUUGCCCCAGAGCAGCGACAGUAUUGGAGUUCAACUUCUAACUGCUGCUAAGGAGCUCUCUAAACUAAAGGGAGGGGCGGAGCCGAAAAGCUUGUCACCGAGGCAAUGUCUCAUCAUGGAGGCGACGCUGGAUGCAAUCAAGCUGUUCUUCCAUGCCGGUGGGAACGGUUUAAAGAAAGUCUAUCUGGAGAAGAGCCCUGAGCUGUCAUCCCUGCGAUACGCUCUGUCCCUCUACACGCAGACGACUGAUGCUCUUAUCAAGGCAUUUUUGACAACGCAACAUGCUCAGGUUCAAAAUGGCAUGGGCAUCAGGAUCACCCCCAAAGAGACCGUUCGACCUGACAGAGGUUCCGGGGUUGAGCGGCCAAUAGGAGAAGCAGUGAUUCAGUUGGAUUUGUCGCCCCCUGCUGGAAACACUGAGCAGAAGCUCGGCGUGAGAGUGGUUGCUGUGAAUGACAUGAAAUGGCAGACAUCAGGUAUGUUUCGACCGUUCGUUGAGGUGAACUUGAUUGGUCCACAACUAGCGGAGAAGAAACGGAAGUUCACAACCAAAUCGAAAAACAACAGCUGGACGGCAAAAUACAAUGAGGCCUUUCAAUUUGUGAUGGGUAAAGGUGUGAGUCUGGACUGCUAUGAGAUUCAGAUAACGGUGAAGGAUUACUGUUUCGGCCGGGCGGACCGGGUGGUCGGGGUUGCGGUACUGCAGCUGCGCGACGUCGCAGACCGGAAAAGCUGCGUGUGCUGGUGUCCUCUGGGUCCCUGUAUCAAUAUGGACGAAACCGGAACCACAGUGCUACGAAUCCUCUCUCAGCGCUCGAGCGAUGAGGUCGCCAAAGAGUUUGUUAGACUUAAAUCUGAGACCCGGCCUGUCGAGGAGGGGAGAUGAAGACACUUCGGUAAUAUGAGAAUUUCCAACUGGCAAAUUCAAACUGACUACAAGGACCCACACUGUUUCUAAAAUUGUGCAUAUUUAUUCAAAGCCUUAAGAGGUACGUAACUUUUUGACUGGCUGUGUGCAUCAAGAUGGUCAUCUGGGGUGGAGGAAGUGCUCUUAUAAAUCUGCAUUUGUGAGAAUUUAUUAAAGAUUGUUUAAAGCACUUUGCAUUGGUAACAUUACGAAAAAUGUGCAUGCAGAAGACGCAUUUCGGUUAUAUGAUACAAAAGUUUUUGCCAAAGCACAAAUCUUGUAGCUCAUUCCACACUGUUACUUGUGGCCUUUGAGUGGGAGGAGUCUUUACAAAGGGGGAGUGGUCUAACAAGAGCUAUUUAAAUUAUUACAGUUAUUGGCUGCCCAACUUUGAUUGAUUAAACUUACAUGCGCUUAACAAAAAAUGUCAUUUUUUAAGGUUUUCAUUCUUAGACGUACUGUUAACAUGGACACUUAAGUAUCCACGCUGUUCAAGGGACUAUGUUUAGAUAGUAAGAUAAGCUAAAAUAAGAUGCAUUAAGCACCAUUCUGGGUUUCAUGUAAACAUACUGAUAGAUACACAUGUUCUCAUUCCUAAAGUAAUUCCUGAAAUUCAUCUCUGUAAUACCUGUCGUUCAUCAUCUUUGUUUGACUUUAAAGGUAUCUGUGAUGUGCUCAGACUUUUCCAUUUAAUAUCAAGCAGCUUUAUUUGUUUACAAAUAGCCAAAAACAAAUAAGUACAUACUGUAUAGACCAACCAGUGCCAGCCAAUAAGAAGGGAGGUAUGAAACUUUGUUUACCUUGUGCCAAGUAGUUGUAUAUGCUAACAUUUUGAGCUGUAAUAGUUGUUGUUGUUGUUGUUUUAUAUAUGCACAAUCAAACAGAUGCACACUUUCUGUAAAGUAGAUUCCCACGUACGCCUAUUUAUUGUAAGCAACUUUAUGUAUGUAUUGUCAAAAAGUGAAAAGCUAUUUAUGUAUUUAAAACUUUAUUUAUAAAAUGUUUAUGAAAAAUAAUUAUGAAUUAUUUGUACG